UCAUUCAACGCUCUCGCCAAUCCAAGCAGUUCAAGUGCAUCUCCACGACGCCGCAUGUCACGAGGUGUUUCACUGGACAACGCUCGAACACCACUGAUAAUAACUACAGCUAGCAGCACGCCUUCUGUACCGUCCUAUUCCACUUCUACUCAGCAAGCGAAUAGCGCUUCACUCACCGCAACUAAGGUAUCAGAUUCUCCGUGA